AUGAAUUUCGAUGUUUUUAGUUUUGUUAGUUUCAUAAAGGCCAUCCAUCUAAGCAACCUGGGGGAUGUUGGGGAUGGAUGGGUGAAGAUCCUUAUUGAUCUCAUGGCUUCCAAGAGAUUAAAGUUUUUAGGAAGGCCAGGCAAACUUAAGAAGAGCGCUCUGAAUAGCAGUGUAUCUCGCCCUUCAGAUAGGGGGAGAUUGUAUCCAAGAUUUUUUGAGUUCUGUGAAGAGAUUGUAUCCAAGGUUUGCCCCUCCUGGCAAUGUCUAAUGGCCCUUCCUGAGAUUCUUUCAGCAAUUCUUGAGAAGGCACAGUAG